AUGAUCCGAGACGGCUUCCAGGAAGUCGUGCUGUGGCUCCUGAGGUUUGGGAAUAUCUGAGUCUCCCUGGCCGCUUAUAAGCUGUCGCUCACCAUCAUCAGUUGCCGCCUGAUUUCAGUGAAAAUGAAAGAGAAGUACCCCCAGUGCAUUACAAUAACUUCCUUGUGAUUUGCUGCAGAAGUUAAGAGGAGGAGGUAUUUAUUUCCACGCAUAAAAGACUUCAUAAAGCACUAUGGCUCUGGCUGUACCCCGAAUGAGCUGCUGAAGAUGGAGCUGGCUAUUCUGGACAGACUGUACUAAGACCUCUAUAUUGGGACGCCGCUGGACUUCUUGACUGUUGAAAGGUAUGGGGUUUUCUGUUCUAACAUUAAAAACCAUGCCCAGUUCCACGCCCUGGUGGUACUGGGCUGGCCCCAUGUGGUAGAGCUGCUGUCUCAGAGGAAUCCUUCCCGCCACGUCGCGUCCCUGACCAGGCAGCUGCAGCACUGUAUGGCGGGCCACCAGCUGCUGCAGUUCAAGGGCUCCACACUGGCCUUGGUCAUCAUCACCUUAGAGCUGGAGAGGCUCAUGCCCGACUGGUGCACUCCUCCUACAUCUGAUCUGCUAAAGAAACACAGACCAAUGGUGGUGGCUUUCUAUGAUAGUGAAAGAAGCUUCGUGGUGGCUUUCUAUGAUAGUGAAAGAAGCUUCAUUUCAGUGGCAGCUCUUGUAGUCAAGAGAAUAGGGAAAUAUGUCUAG